AUGCCCAUCCCGUGGUUCCUCUUACAGGGUCGUCCACAGGUCGGGAACCAAGCCUUUGCGAACUACGUCGAUCAACAACCGACGUCGGUCACUCACAUCAACCACGAAGGAGACCCGAUAUCCAUAUGUCCUGGGAUGUUCCUCGGCUUUGUCCACCCGUCGGGCGAGGUGCACAUUGAGGACUCGGGCGAGUGGGCGGCGUGCCCUGGCCAGGACAACCCGAGCACGCAGUGCAUCGGUUGUCGAGAUGGGAAUGGGGUGCUAGACCCUGCGCAGGUUACUGUUGCUAUUAUUGUAUUUCUACUACUGCAAGACAUUCCAGCAGACUUGAUACUGAUUCCCGUAAGAGGGCUAUCAGUGACGCCCGCAAGAUACCACGAAUAG